AUGGGACUAGCUCUAUUCGAUCGACACUUGACAAAGGGAGGUCCAAAGGGGGGAAACCAACUCAGGGCAGUGCAGUGGUUAAUUUAUAUUCGCCAAUGAUGUUGGUUGCAUAACACCGCACACCGUUUCAAGUUUCAAUGUCACUGAAAGUGAAACUCCGGGGGUUUUCAGCUGGAGAUAUAUAAGCAGGUGCAUGUGUAUCCUUUGCGUGCAAGACCAAAUUUCUGCCUCUUGACCGAAUGGAGACGAAGUACUCAUCUGAAGAUAUCGCAGCGGCGAUGAGUUUGCAGAUUUACGCACGCGUAUACAGUGAGUACUUAUCUGGAUCACUCUUCCUUGUCCUUACACAACUCAGCGUCGAUGGCUACACUCUGGAUCUAUGAAUAUGCUUGUUCACUUCAAGAAGAGUGGACAUUCCUGCUUCAAUCGCGGUGGACCAAGGUAAAAGGUCUUUAUAUCGCUACCCGAUUUGUGCCUUUUCUCCUUUCGAUCGUACAUCUAUAUGCGAACUUCAUUCCGAACGACGACCCUGCUAAAUGUAAGGUCUUGAAUAGUGUUUGCUCAGUUCUCGGCCAGAUAUCAGUCGGUUUCUCCGAAUUCUUCUUCCUCCUCCGAACAUAUGCACUCUGGAGACAUAAUCGAUUCGUGCACGUUUUCAUACUGGCUUUUACCCCCGUUGCCAUCAUAGCAUGCGUCGGCACUACCUAUGCCUCUAUUGUCACCGCAUCUUAUGAGGUCAGCGCAAUCCCAGGCAUCACAGGUUGUUAUAGCAACAGCAACCUCUUCGUAUCUUUUCUUCUCUUUUUUAUAUUUGAACUGGGUCUCAUGUGUCUUACGCUCUUACAUGCCAUACAGAGCUGGCGAAUGACCAACGGCCGUCUGUACACCAUCCUGGUGAAGAGUAACAUUUUCUACUAUUCAUGCAGUAUGUUUUUAUCGGCAGUAAACGUCUUUACGUCGCGAUAUCUCCAUUACCAGUACCACGUCAUAUUCCAAGAUUACCAGAGUAUCAUCCUCGCGAUCCUUGCCCUGCGCAUGCACCUGCAUAUUUGGCAGAUCGACCAGCAGUCACACAACAUAGAUGCCCUCGUUUGGACUUCUCUGUCCGAUAUAUGAUCUGUGGGCAGUACGUGGAAGGGAUUAACAUAGGAUCUUCAGACGUCGGUCUUUAAUGAAUCAAUAGUGAAGUGCACACAUCAAACGGAUAUACAAUGUGGAUACAAAAGAAAAUACACGUGAUGUCGGGAU